AUGACCUUCACAAGGCUGUUCAACAAGAAGUACUCCAACGAGGAGGAGGCUGCUUUGCGCCUGAACAUCUUCAAGACGAACGUUGAUUACAUCACGUCUGUCAACUCAGCACAACAGUCAUACCAGGCAAGUAAACACUUCAGUGAAAACACACAGCAAACUGCUUUGAGCAGCUUAUUUCUCUCACAGCUCGCUCACACUGAUCUUCUGCCACAGCUGGGCCUCAACGAGUUCGCUGACCAAACGUGGGAGGAGUUUAGCUCAACGCACCUCGGAUUGAACGCUGGUGAAGAUGGCAGCUUCAGGUCUUCCGCGAACACGGGUUUCCGCCAUGCUGAUGUGACACCCGCCAACAGCAUCAACUGGGUCGAGGCCGGUGCUGUGACGCCAGUCAAGAACCAGGCUUUCUGCGGCUCCUGCUGGGCUUUCUCCACCACAGGCUCUGUGGAGGGAGCCAACUUCCUGGCGACCGGAGACCUGGUGUCCCUGUCUGAGCAGCAGCUGGUGGACUGCGACACAAAAAAGGACCAGGGGUGCGGCGGCGGUCUCAUGGACUACGCAUUUGACUACAUCAUCAAGAACGGCGGUCUUGACACCGAGGAGGACUACAGCUACUGGAGUGUGGGCGGCUUUUGCAACAAGCUGCGCGAAGAGCGCACUGUUGUGUCCAUCGAUGGCUAUGAAGAUGUGCCUGUCAACGACGAGGUGGCGCUGGCCAAGGCAGUCUCAAAGCAGCCGGUCUCUGUUGCCAUCUGCGCCAGCGAGGCCAUGCAGUUCUACUCCUCCGGUGUUAUUGCUGCCAAGGGGUCCUGCAUCGGCCUCAACCACGGAGUCCUUGCUGCUGGCUAUGACGUGGAUGAGUCAGGCAAGCCAUACUGGCUGGUGAAGAACAGCUGGGGCGGCACCUGGGGCAUGCAAGGCUACAUGAAGCUGGAGAAGGACUCGUCUGUGAAGGAGGGUGCCUGUGGCAUUGCCAUGGCUGCUAGCUACCCCGUCAAGUCCUCACCCAACCCCAAGCAUGUCCCCGAGGUGUGCGGCUACUUUGGCUGGUCGGAGUGCGAGUACGGAUCCAAGUGCUCAUGCAACUUUGACCUGCUGGGCAUCUUCUGCCUGCAGUGGGGCUGCCAGACCUCUACAGGCAUCUCGGCGCCCCAGAUGGCCUAA